AUGUGUAGAUUUUUGAUUUUUAAAGGGAAGGAACCGAUUAGAUUAUCACAUUUAUUGACUAGACCUGCGCAUUCUAUCAUCAACCAAUCCUUCGAUAGCAGAUUACGUCUUGAUAGAAGACGUCCAGUCAAUGGUGAUGGUUUUGGUGUUGCUUACUAUCCAUUAGAUUCAGAGUUGGAUCAAGAUGGUCCAUGUAUUUUCAAAGCUAUUACACCAGCUUGGAACAACCAAAAUUUAUCGACCUUGGCGGAAAAGACAAAAUCUGAUUUAAUUUUUGCCCAUGUCAGAGCUUCAACUUAUGGUGUUCUUUCAGAAACAAAUUGCCAUCCAUUUACUUACCACAACUUAUGUUUCAUGCAUAAUGGCGGUAUAACAAAUUUUUAUAAGAUCAAAAGAAAGCUUUUAAAUCAUAUCAAUGAUGAAUAUUUGAAUUUCAUUCAAGGAAGCACAGACUCAGAAUGUGCGUUUGCAUUAUUUUUAGAUACAUUGGAGAAGUUAGGUGAGGAUCCUAAACGUCAGGACGGUAAUUUUGGACAUAAUCAAUUAAGGAAGGCUCUUUUAAAGACCAUUGAAUACAUCAAGGAUUGGACUAAUGAAGCUAAUAAGGGUGAGGAGCAUGUUGAGCCAUCCUUAUUAAAUUUUGCAAUUACCGAUAGUUCUACUGUUGUAGUAUCUCGCUAUAUUGCAUCCAAGACUGAUGAGGCAGCGUCGCUUCAUUUUAGCUGUGGUUCAAGUUUUGUUGAGACUGCGCCAGGAGAGUAUAGAAUGGAGAGAUUGGAUAGAAAUCAAGAUGUUAUUAUGGUAGCCUCUGAACCUUUAACGUUUGAAAGAGGUGAUUGGACAGCUGUCCCUACCAAUAGUGUAUUAACGAUCAAGAAGCAAACAAUUUUAUUACAUCCAAUAAUUGAUGAAUAUUAUCAACAAGAUCCGUUAUAUCUAAGGAACUCAUCAUUGGCAGAAAGUAAGGGUCUGAUGGGUUCUGUACCAGUUGCAAAAUCUGUGGAAAGAAAUGUUCCCCCUCUAGAGAGGGAAGGUCGUUCGAGGCCUUUUUCGGCGAGUGCCCAUAUGGUAUAG